GUAAAAAAAUCCCUAAAUUCUCUAUUUUCCUUCUAAGACAAGGAAAGGUUACGUGCCACCAAAUGCUUCCACAGAAGUUCAGCUUUAUUUCAACGAAGAUUUCCAUGCGGAGCGGAUCUUUUGCCAUCCAUUCUACCAUCACAACUCAAUCUUGUCCGUCAUUUGGAUCCCAACCGGUAGUCCUGCGUCGUAUAGAAAUCUCUAUACAUCUCUAAGCACAAACAUUUCCACUUUUCCGACCACCUAAUCGCAGAGGAAGCCCAAAAAGAAACAGCCCACCGGUCGAAACUGAGGGGAAUCAAGACGAAGACCCGAUCGAUCGAAACUGAGGGGAAUCCCGAUCGAUCGAGACCGAGAUCGAGAUCCAGAAUGGCGGAGUUUACGACGGUGGCGGAGAGGAAGAAGCAGAUCUUUAUCCUUUCUGGGCAGAGCAACAUGUCCGGCCGGGGCGGCGUGAAGGGCCGCCAUUGGGACGGCGUCGUCCCGCCCGAGUGCCGCCCAAACCCAUCCAUCCUCCGCUUCUCAGCCGGAUCUCGAUGGGAGGAGGCCCGCGAGCCCCUGCACGCCGACAUCGACACCUCCAAGACGUGCGGCGUCGGCCCCGGCAUGGCCUUCGCCAACGCCGUCGUCCCCUCCGCCACCGCCGUUGAGGGGGCGGAGAUGGUCGUUAUAGGGCUGGUGCCGUGCGCCGUGGGUGGCACGGCGAUAAGGGAGUGGGAGAAGGGAUCGAGGCUGUACGACGAGAUGGUAAGGAGGGCGAAGGAGGCGGUGGAGAGCGGCGGCGGAGGGGAGAUCAAGGCGGUGCUGUGGUACCAGGGGGAGAGCGACACCCCCUCGGAGCACUUGGCCAAGGCCUACAAAGCUAAUAUGGAGAAGCUGAUCCAGGACGUCCGAUGCGAUCUCCAGCUUCCAUCGCUGCCGUUCAUCCAGGUUGCUAUUGCAUCAGGAGAUAAGCAUCACAUUGAGAAGGUGAGAGAGGCUCAAUUGGGAAUUGACAUGCCCAAUGUUGUUUGUGUGGAUGCUAAAGGUCUACCCCUAAAUGAAGACCACUUGCACCUGUCCACCGAAGCACAGGUCUUGCUCGGCAAUAUGCUGGCACAAGCAUAUGUGGAGCACUUUCUGACACCUUAUAAUUAGAUGAGAUACCAUCUCCACAUAAAACGCACACCAUUAGUUCUUGGUUGUUGGUUGUUAAUAUUUCAUUUGUUCGAAUCUUUUACCAUACUUAUCGGAUCCAGUGCCCAUAACUCGAAGCUGAUUCUAUUCAUAUCCAAUAGUUUUCAUUGUUAUGUUGAUUCAUUAUAAUUAAUAAACCACAUGAAGAAUUUGUGUUUA